AUAUUCACUCAUGAUUAAAAUACUAAUAUAUAUAUAUAUAUAUAUAUUUUAUAGGCUAUAUCAUGACACUUACAAGUGAGCUUCAUAAUACAUAAAUUGUUCUUUGAAUUACCAACAUUAUAUUUCUUUUGUCCUAACAUGAAAUAACUUUUCUUCACUGUUUGCUCAUAUUUACAAUUUUUUGUGAGCACAUGAAGGCAGCACGACAGGUUCAUCAUUGCCAGCAGAUGGCUCUACUUAGAGAUAUUAAAAACCUUUAGCCUGUUCUUAUUGAAGUGUAAAGGUUGUCCCCAUUGAUUUUAUGAUGUACUGACCUAAAUCACUCUGAACUGCAUCUCGUGUCCUCUUCUGUCUUUUUUUACAAAUUAAAAUGAAAUGAUCUACCUACUCUAGAGCUGUGAGCAGACUGGGCCUGAUAGGAAAAAAAAACUGAAAAACAGAAACAAGUGUGUUUGUCAGAUAUAUGCGAGUUUGUAUGUGGCAUAUAACAUGAAAAAUAGAGUUUGAUAAGGUCGAUGUGGAUACGUAAUGUAAACCUCCAGAGGAACACUAGAGGAAUGUUGCAGCUUAAAGCCUUUCUUAAUGUAUUGAGCAAACGUCACAUGCUUAAAUGUCAACCGUAAAAAGUAUCAUUGGGGAGAAAAAAAAAAAAGAACUAACUCAGCCCUUUAAUGCACAGGCUUGCCCUUUACUGUCCAGUGAUGCAGGAAUGUGAAGGAUGCUGAGUGUCCACCUGAUACACCGCUCUGCGCCCGGGGGAGGGUUCUCCAGUCUCCUCUCUGGCUGCCAUAACACGGCUCUGCUCAGGCAGGCGGGCAGGCAGCAGGCAGCAGGGGAAAGCGCAUCCUCAGAGAGAUCUGCCGGAAACAUGAGCAUCAGGGGAACCUAAACGCAUUCCUCUGCUCGGGUCGGAUGAUUCGACAACUUCAUGUGUUUUGCGUUAUCCUCCACAGGACAUAGGAGAAGACGACGCAGGCGUCGGGCCGCGCAGGAAAGACACACGCCGACAUCAUCAGCCGCCGCUGCGCCGUGUGAGGCGAGGUCAUCGCAGAGUCUGCCACGGUUGGUAUGAUCCCGUGUGCCUUCAUCCCAAUCUGAAGCUCUGACAGACCUCAAGACCACCUUAAUCACUGCCACCAACCUCAGCCAUCUCUGCAUCCAGUGCUAUCAUCCAUACCUCAGGGAGGAUGUGAAUAGGAGAAGACAGACCGAGGGUAGAAAACCCCAAUAAAUCCAACUAAGAACGGAAGUGGGAUCACAUGGAGGCUAUGGACUGACGGGUCAACUGAUACCAGAUCGAACUGGUUUUGCUUGGAAGUUGACAAUGGUGUUGUUUCUGAUUGGGAUCUCUAUUGCCGUGAAUAAUUCAUCUCAUGAGAACCAAACUGCAGAAAACCCCACCCAUCAGGGUGCUCAUGUGCUGCCCUCAACACUGGUCAUAUCCCUGCUCCUUAUCGUCAUUGUCCUGCUGACGAUCUACUGUCUGAGGUUCAAAAACCACAGGAAAGCUCUAGUUACCUCGGUGGAUAAGAAGAUUCCGAAUGGCUUCUUGGAGGAACAAGGAGAGCAGACAGUGGUCCUUCUCCCCAGAUCUCCCUCACCAUCCAAGAGGUACUUCCCCAUCCCCCUGGACUCGCUGGAGGAGGAGUACCGGAUACGCUCCGCAGACGACGGCAAGCUCUUCAGAGAAGAGUUCAAUUCGCUGCCGUGUUACUACCACCAUGGGUCCUUUGAGGAGGCGAGCAGAGAGCACAACAGAGAGAAAAACAGAUACCCAAACAUUUUACCAUAUGAUCAUUCAAGAGUGAUGUUGAGUCAUCUGGAUGGACAUCUGUGUUCCGACUACAUAAACGCAUCUUACAUAGACGGUUAUAAAGAGAAGAACAAAUUCAUUGCAGCUCAAGGCCCGAAGCUGGAGACGGUGACUGACUUCUGGCGGAUGAUUUGGGAACAGAAAACGGCAACUAUAGUAAUGCUGACCAAUCUCAAAGAAAGGAAAGAGGACAAAUGUUACCAGUAUUGGCCAGAAAAAGGCUGCUGGAUGUACGGGAAUGUCAGGGUGGCAAUGGAGGACUUCACUGUGCUGGUGGACUACACCAUCAGAAAAUUCUGUGUUCAGUAUCAGGGCAGCGAUGGUCCUCGGGCUCCCCGACUGGUCACCCAGCUCCACUUCACCAGCUGGCCAGACUUCGGGGUGCCAUUCUCACCCAUAGGCAUGCUGAAAUUCCUCAAGAAGGUCAAGGCUGUUAAUCCAUCCUAUGCUGGACCCAUUGUUGUGCACUGCAGCGCUGGGGUUGGGAGGACUGGGACGUUCAUUGUCAUUGACAGCAUGAUCGACAUGAUGCACAUGGACCAGAGGGUGGAUGUCUUCGGCUUUGUGAGCAGAAUACGAGAACAGCGCUGUCAACUCAUCCAGACAGAUAUGCAGUACUCCUUCAUCUACCAGGCUCUGCUGGAGUAUUAUCUGUAUGGAGACACCGAGCUAGAUGUGUGUUCUCUAGAGGGCCAUCUGCAGAGGCUUCACAACACCAGGGCUCCCCACGACAGGCUGGGCCUGGAGGAGGAGUUCAGGAAGCUGACCAACGUUCGCAUAAUGAAGGAGAACAUGAGAACUGGGAACCUCCCUGCGAACAUGAAGAAGAACCGUGUGCUUCAGAUCAUUCCGUAUGAUUUCAACCGAGUAAUACUCUCAGUGAAAAGAGGACAGGAGUUCACCGACUACAUCAAUGCCUCCUUUAUUGAUGGCUACAGGCAGAAGGACUAUUUUAUAGCAACCCAGGGCCCCCUGUCUCACACAGUGGAGGACUUCUGGAGGAUGGUGUGGGAGUGGAGGUGCCAUUCAAUCGUUAUGCUCACCGAACUCAAAGAGAGGGAGCAGGAAAAGUGUUUCCAGUAUUGGCCAUCAGAGGGCAGUGUUACAUUUGGAGAUUACACUGUGGAGCUGACUGGCGAUACACUGUGUGAAACCUUCACUCUGAAAGACAUGGUGCUCACCUACAGACCAGAAAAGCAGUCACAACACGUCCGACACUUCCACUUCCACGGAUGGCCUGAGAUCGGAAUACCAGCCGAGGGAAGAGGAAUGAUUGACAUUAUUGCCGCUGUGCAGAGGCAGCAGCAGCAGUCUGGAAACCGUCCCAUAAUUGUGCACUGCAGUGCUGGUGCAGGUCGGACCGGUACCUUCAUUGCCCUCAGUAACAUUCUGGAGAGGGUGAAAGCCGAAGGGCUCCUGGACGUUUUUCAGACAGUCAAGAGUUUACGCAUGCAGAGACCACACAUGGUUCAGACUGUGGAGCAAUACGACUUCUGCUACAGAGUGGUUCAGGAUUUUGUUGACAUUUUCUCAGACUAUGCCAAUUUUAAAUAAUACCUGUCAGAUACUGUUCUGUAUACUUUGGUCAAAUUAACUUAUGCAAUUUUUUUCUGAAUGUUGUUUUCUAAAGCAAGCUCUUUUUACAUUUUGCACAGAUAGAAAAAUUGUUUUAACAUUACUGUAAAAUAAUUGAAAACAUCUGUGGGGUCUCUUUCAGGAAUGUUUGAUCAUAAUGUAAAAUAUAGAAAUUAAUAGUUUUAUGUUGCGUAAAUGCAACAUUGUUAGAAUCAGUAAUUCAAAAAUUGUAUUCCAGUCACAUACUAUUGUGUGUGUGUGUGUAUGUAUGUGUAAAAAUAUAUAUAUGGCAUAUAUAUAUAUAUAUAUACACACACACACACACACACACACACACACACACACACACACUAUAGUAUGUAGUAUUACUCGCUACCUGAAAUUCAUCACUAAUGUUUUGUAGAGUAUAAUAUACAUUCUUUUAUUUCUGUUUUAUUUUGUUACUGACCACAAUGCCUUUGGUUUACCUAUUACUCUUGUAUUUUAUGUAUUUUCUGCUGCCCCACUCAACAUGCCUGAUUGCUAUGAGGAGGAUAAAUUGUGCGUUUGAUAAGUAGGAUAAAAUGAUUAAUGCUUUUGCUAAAGGAUGUUCUGUCUGACAUGUGUGAAUAAUAUUUAUGAUUUGCUUUUAGUGGCUCAAACAAAAACAUAAAACUCAAGAUACAUUUCGUUCUGUAAGACGCUGCAAAUUACCUCACCUCUGUUCUGUGAAUAACUUAACAGCUGCUGCCUGUUGCAAUUUUAUUAAACUUCACCAACUUUCCUUUUUGCCUGUGGCAAUAUUACUUAGUGGAUUGGCGCCUGACGCUGCAAAAUGCAAUUAGCCCACAUUGGAACAGGCAGAAAAUAAUGUAUUAUUACGUGAAUCCAAAUGUAUCAUUCUUACAGAUGUUUUGCAGCCAAGUUUCACAUCCUGCUUAGAAAUAAAAAAGCAAACUUUACACUUGCAUGUUUUACUCAUGCAGUGCCAUAUUGAUUAGAAAACAGUUCUAAUCAUGAAAAACUUGUCACCAAGUGACACCAUUUUAAUAAAGAUAAGCCAGAUGUUUGUUUAAUUUAGAUAUAAUAGAUACAUUUUUAAAAGUGUAUUGUUUUUUGAAUGUUGGUCUCAUGUAUGGAUCAUCAUUUCAUUGUUUAUACAAACACUUCUCAGAAUAAUAUAAGGAUAAUAAAUGUAUCAUAAUUUUAGUUUAGUGUGCAAAUGAGAAGAAAAACUGUGUAGAAAUUUGGGUUUAAAUGAAAUAGCUGAUCAUUGAUGCAGCUGAACCUUGUUCAUCCCUACAGACUGAGAUGAAAAAUGUCCUGGACAGUGAAAAGCAUUGAGAUCAAGAGCGAGUGCUCAGCCAAAAAUAAGAAACUUGCAUGCACAGAUCAUGAUAGUUAGUCUUAGUUUCAUAUUUAAACAAGGAAAACCCAACAUUGCUGCAAAGUCCAAAGCGUAUAUUUUUGCUGACUUCUUUGUAGAACAGUAAGCGUGGAAGUCUUAAGCUUGGGUGAAUAGCUUUCUACUGUGUUUGUACUGCCAUAAUUAUACUGUCAUAAGAUGGGUUUCUAUAUGACACACUGGUCAUUUUAUUAGUUUAUUUAGUGUACAUAAAUUCUUGUUGUGGUCAUUAAUCAUCACUAAUGCAGUAAGCAUUGUUGACUUCUUUUUAAUGUAUUGUCAUGCGGAAAGAAUAAGAGACGGGGGGUUAUGACAGUGAGGCCUUGCAGCUGAUGUAACAUAAAUGCACAAGCAUCUUGUUUCAAUGAUGUUUCUGCUUUUCGAAUCUGUAUGGAUUUGAACUACUAUUUGUUUGCUAAAAGCUGAACCAAUAAAUUAUAGAUGAAGAGAAAUGUCACAUUUCA